GAUGAAGGUGGUGUGAGAUAUUAUAUUUUUCUUUUUCUCAGAUAACAGAAUGUGAAUUUGGAGAGAAAAUUCCCAUUUCUCACAUAAAAAAGAACACAAAAGAAAGAGAUCUUUAUAUAAAAUAAAAAUAAAAGAGCUUGUGAUCCUUCUUUCUCUUUCUUUUUCUAUUUUUUCUUUUUUUCUUUUUCUUCUUGUUAAUGAUGGCACAUGGGCGGCACUUGUGUGCCGUCUGGUCUAGGAUUUUAUCUCCCUCUCUCUAUAUAUAUAGCUGAAAUAAACUUGAUGUUUACUUGAGAUAGUUCUAGAUUUCUCCUGAUUUCUCUGCUUCUUUUCUGCAAAUGGUAUCUGUCUUUAUCAGUUGUAAGUGUCUCCUGGAAGGUGGUUUCUAGUGGAAUUAGUUAGUUUUGUUAAGUAAUGGAGUUUAAGAAAGAAGGGUCUUCUUCAUCUUCUUCAUUUACAGCUGAUCUUUUUGGUACAAAGGAGUCACCACCAUCUUCUUCAACUGGGAUUUUUGCUUCCAUCUUUCCACCUCCAUCCAAGGUUUUAGGAAGGAAAUCGUCAGGCUCUGAGGUGAUAGGAUCUUGGCAAAGGCAGUCCUCUGAAAAUCAAGGGUGGAAUACCAAACGAGGAGCUCCAGCCAUGAGUAGUGAGGCUGCAAGCUAUAACAUGCCUAACAAGGAUAGGAAUUCCACUCUUAUGGAAGAAAGAGGUGAGCCAUGUCAUCUAAGUUCAUCACUUUACUAUGGUGGGCAAGACAACUAUUCUCAGCCCCCAAGUAGCCGAAAUUCCGGAUCGUAUCCUAUAUUCAAGAAGGAUGGAGUAGAUGAUGAUCCUAAUGGAAACAACUCAAAUGGUGCCUCCAGAGGAAAUUGGUGGCAAGGUUCGCUUUAUUAUUAGGACCUCGCCUACCUUCGGCAUAUGAAUUCUCCAUCUAUUUUUCAAGGAAUUCAUGAAGCCUGGAUGAUAAUCACGGAAAACCUGAAAAAUAAAUAAGCAGCUGAUAUGGAUAGAUCUUGUCAGCAGUUUGUAAUGUUUUCUUUCCAGUAAAUGCUUUCGUUUGACUUGAUUUUAUUAUAAGUUGAGCCUCAAUGGAAGAUAUUUUUUCAAGAAAUUCCAAAUACUAAUCUUUCUGCAAUUUACUAGGAUGAUUUAUUUAGGCCUUUGAAUAUUGUUCUGAUGCUUUUCUUAAGCAUGUAACAAAUAACAAUCAACUGGAUAGUUCGAGUUUAGUUCGAGUUUCUGCUGUA